ACAGCAGGAAAUACUUUUCAAGCAAUCUGGGCCUGGUUCUUUGAGGCCCCGUCUCACAAAACAUCAGUCUGCAUUUAGUAUGCAGAAGUAACUAGGGAAAGCUUGGUAGAAUUCCUCUUAGACAAGGCUCCCUCCAGCUGCAGAAUGUGUUUCGGUCAGAAUCACACAUAUAGAGAAAAAGUGCUGAGAAUAGAGCAAUGAUCUCAGCAAUGAAAUCUGAACUUUAUGCUAGUGGAGGUUGAGUCGAAUUCUGGGUGUAUCCCCCCUCCCCCGCCUCUCUUUUUGCAUACACAGGCAAAGUAUUUAGAGAAGUAAUUUUGACUACUUAAACCUUCCCAGCUGUGUGAGAUAAACCUGAAAGGUUUGUUUUUUUAACUUCCUUUUUUAAAAACUUAUUUGAGAUAUACAGACAUUUUCUGGAAUCUGUUAACAAAAUGCCAGCACUCUGUAGUAAAGCUUUCUGCGCUGAAGAUUGGAACAGUAUAACUGGGAUGAAUAAAGUCACAAUAUGCAAGAGGUAAAACCAUUUCGUCCUCCAGAGAAUUUCAUGGAAGUUGUGAUGUUUCCUCUGGCCCUCUUUGCGUUACACUUUGGAACCUGUUGCUAAAGUACUAUGACAUGUCUCUAGCAAUCAGAAAAAGAAGCUGGGAAGAGCAUGUGACCCAAUGGAUGGGCUUGCCUUUUGAUUCUAAUAUAUUAUGCAGGCAUGGCCUAGUAGCUGACCACUUGCAAGCAGGUAUGGAAAAUGAUGGACUUCGGAGUGAAAGCCAAAAAGAAAAAAGUGCUUCCUUGCCAGAUUGUUGUCACGGUGGAGAGCUCGGAGGUUUCCCCUCAAAGCUGCUUGGUAAUGUUUCCAAAGAGGUAGAUGAAAAUGACAAUCAUCAAGAGGAAGAAGAAUUUCUCUCACUUGAAGCCAGCACAGAAACAUUGGUUGAUGUUUCAGUUGAAGAUGAUAAUGAUGCUGAUGACAAUGACAUGGACCUCUCAUUGGAGAAAGUCAACCACCAGUUUAGUGACAUUGGGAAAAAAUUGUCAGCUGAAAGGAACUAUUCAGAAGGAAGCGUGGGACCCUUCAUGAAGAUUGACCCAGAAGUGGAAGCAAAGGAAGAAUCCAAUCCUACCGUGGAACCACUUGGGAAACUGAAUGAAUCUUAUCAUGAGACAGAUCCCAAAUCAGUGAAGGAAGAUAUUUGUGGUAGCAGAGAAGAGAGCCUGGAACUUUGUUACAACAUCUCCAAUGAAAAUGAAGAUGCCCCAAAAGAAAACUUAUCUGAGCCUCCAAGUAUGGAAAAAAAUAUAUCUGAGGAGAAGAUUGCCCAUGCUGUUAUAGCUGCACAACAGCAUGAAAAAUCAAAUGCUCUUAAAGAUGGGAAUGAAAAAACAGUCUGCCAUCUAUUACUUGAUAAAUUUCUCCCUAGUCCACGUAGUGACAUAAAUGUAAUUGCUGCAGACUCCAGUAAUGAUCUUGUGCUAGCACCUGGUUCUUGUUUCCUAUCAGAGGAAAAUGUUCUGGAUGAAAAUGGCUUUGCAUAUGCUCAAGAUAAAUGCAUCACAAGUAUGUCCCCUGCAGAAGGUGUGAAUGAUUUGAAGAACAACAUGGCCACACAUGAGCCUACAGAAAGUCAAGUCAUUCUGCGCAAAAGAAAGGAAGUCAGAGAGAAUCAUUCACGACUGGACUCCAUGGUACUGCUCAUUCUGAAACUAGACCAGCUAGAUCAGGAUAUUGAGAACGCUCUUGGUUCAGCAUCCUCGCCUUCCACCACGCUGUCACACCCACGGAGGCACAUAUCUGAUUUGGGAUUACAUCCUGACAGUGGAGUGGACAUUGCUAUACUGAGUCACCAGCAAACAAACGCACCACCCUCUCAACCUCUUCCACCUCCCUAUGGUGCUGACCGAGCAUUUUCCAUGCCAAUGGCUGGUUCUGGAGCUAAACCAAAGGCUGGGGCUGUGCCAGUUAUUACAGAAAAGGAGAAGGCUGAGAUUGAGGCCAAGGAGGCUUGUGACUGGCUGCGGGCAGCAGGAUUCCCACAAUAUGCUCAGCUAUAUGAGGAUCUUAUAUUUCCCAUCGACAUUACUUCAGUCAAGAGAGAGCAUGACUUUCUGGACAGAGAUGCCAUUGAAGCCUUGUGCAGGCGUUUAAACACUUUAAACAAAUGUGCAGUGAUGAAGCUAGAAAUCAGUCCGCACAGGAAACGGAGUGAUGAUUCGGAUGAAGAUGAGCCUUGUGCAAUAAGUGGCAAGUGGACUUUCCAGAGGGACAGCAAAAGGUGGUCCAGGCUUGAGGAAUUCAAUGUUUUCCCUCCAGUGCAAGAUGUGAAUCCCUCAUCCCUCGAAGAGGCUCGUCCCAGCAGUGCAGCCAGUCAUGAAAGCAUGCUGACUGACCACAGCGAGCACCAGGAGAUAGCUUCCGUCCAUAGCAUCAGCAGUAGCAGCAGCCAUACAGCUGCCUCCCAGAAUGAAGCACCCACCACCAGAACCAAUUCUGUCAUCAGUGUUGGCUCCUCAGGCAACCUUGUGGCAAAUGAGGAUUCCUUCAGCAGCUUACCCUCGCCAAAAGAGCUGUCGACCUUCAGUUUCAGUGUGAAAGCUAAUGAGAAAAAUGCGAAGUCCAAAACAAGAAGCCUCUUAAAGAGGAUGGAGAGCCUAAAACUAAAAAGUUCCCAUCAUGGUAAAAACAAAGCCCCUUCGAAGCUUGGCCUUAUCAUCAGUGGGCCUAUCUUACAAGAAGGCGUAGAUGAAGAAAAAUUAAAGCAACUGAAUUGUGUAGAGAUCUCCACCCUCAAUGGCAAUCACAUCAACGUCCCAAUGGUACGUAAAAGAAGCGUCUCCAAUUCCACCCAGACCAGCAGUAGCAGUAGUCAGUCAGAGACCAGCAGUGCGGUCAGCACCCCAAGCCCCAUCACAAGGACACGUAGCCUUAGUGCCUACAAUAAAAGAGUGGGAAUGUACCUUGAAGGCUUUGAUCCUUUCAACCAAUCAACAUUCAGUGAUGUCAUGGAGCAAAAUUUUAAAAACAGGGAGGGCUUUGCAGAAGACACUGUCUUCUUCAUUCCUGAAGACCACAAGCCUGGAACUUUUCCCAAAGCACUCUCCAAUGGUAACUUUGCUCCAUUGGAGAACAGCACUUCAGUGAACUGGAGAACAGGGAGCUUUCAUGGGCACAGCCAUCUCGCCCUCAGGAGGGAGAACAGUUCCGACAGCUCCAAAGAUCUGAGCACUGGGAAGAGACGCAGUUCCUCCAGCUCCAUGUGCAGUCGCCUCAGUAUUUACGACAAUGUUCCAGGCUCUAUCCUGUAUUCCAGCACAGGUGAUCUGGCUGAUCUUGAGAAUGAAGACCUCUUUCCCGAGCUUGAUGAUAUUCUGUAUCAUGUAAAAGGCAUGCAGAAAAUAGUAAACCAGUGGUCAGAGAAAUUUUCAGAUGAAGGAGAUUCUGAUUCAGCCCUAGAUUCCAUUUCUCCAUGCCCUUCAUCUCCCAAGCAGAUCCUCCUUGAUGUGGACAAUGAUAGGACAAUACCCAGUGACCUUGACAGCACAGGAAAUUCAUUGAAUGAUACCGAAGAGCCUACAGGGAUCCAGGAAAGAAGAGACUCUGGGGUAGGAGCAUCAUUGACACGCUCCAACAGGCACAGAAUGAGGUGGCACAGCUUUCAGAGCUCCCAUCGACCCAGCUUAAGCUCAGCACUGCUGCAGAUUGACUGUCAGUCCGUGGCGCAAAUGAACCUGCUGCAGAAAUAUUCCCUCUUGAAGUUAACUGCCUUCUUGGAGAAAUACACGCCUUCCAAUAAACAUGGCUUCAGCUGGGCUGUGCCAAAGUUUAUGAAAAGGAUAAAAGUCCCAGAUUAUAAAGACCGAAAUGUGUUUGGUGUUCCCCUAACGGUUAAUGUCCAACGUACAGGACAGCCUCUUCCACAGAGCAUUCAGCAAGCCAUGCGAUAUCUUCGCAAUCACUGCCUAGAUCAGGUUGGACUUUUCCGAAAAUCUGGAGUCAAGUCAAGAAUCCAGGCGUUACGUCAGAUGAAUGAGAGCUCAACAGGCAAAAUAAAUUAUGAAGGGCAGUCUGCUUAUGAUGUGGCUGACAUGCUGAAGCAAUAUUUCCGUGAUCUGCCGGAACCACUCAUAACCAACAAACUCUCAGAGACUUUCUUACAGAUUUACCAAUAUGUGCCAAAGGACCAGCGUCUCCAGGCGAUCAAGGCAGCCAUUAUGCUUCUACCAGAUGAGAACAGAGAAGUCCUACAGAUUCUCCUGUAUUUCUUGAGUGACGUCACAGCUGCUGUGAAGGAAAACCAGAUGACGCCGACAAACCUGGCUGUGUGCUUAGCGCCUUCUCUUUUCCACUUGAACACCCUCAAGAGGGAAAAUUCCUCUCCAAGGCAGGUCUCCAGGGUGAUGCAGAGGAAACAGAGUCUGGGAAAACCCGAUCAGAAAGAUUUAAAUGAGAAUUUGGCUGCAACACAAGGCCUGGGCCAUAUGAUCGCAGAGUGUAAGAAGCUGUUUCAGAUCCCUGAAGAAAUGAGCAGAUGUCGAAAUUCAUAUACAGAACAAGAUCUUAGGCCUGUGAGCUUGGAGGAACUAGGCCAAACUAAUAACUCUGAGCCUGCAGACUAUCGUUUUUACAUCCAGGACUGUAUGGAUGAUCUGCUCAAGGAGAUUAAGGAUAAAUUUAAAGGCUGGGUCAACUGUUCCACCUCAGAGCAAGCAGAACUUGCUUACAAAAAGGUUUCUGAGGGUCCGCCUCUCCGGUUAUGGAAAUCCACUGUUGAAAUCCCUGCAGUUCCUGAAGAGAUCUUAAACCGUUUACUUAAAGAACAGCAUCUUUGGGAUGAAGAUCUUCUGGAUGCUAAAGUGAUAGAGACUUUGGAUAGUCAGACUGACAUAUAUCAAUAUGUACAAAAUAGCAUGGCACCACACCCAGCCAGAGACUAUGUAGUCCUAAGGACUUGGAGGACAAAUUUAUCUAAGGGGGCUUGUGCACUAUUAAGCUCCUCAGUGGACCAUGACCGAGCUCCAGUCCUUGGUGUUAGAGUGAAUGUGCUCUUGUCCAGGUAUCUCAUUGAACCUUGUGGCUCUGGAAAAUCCAAACUCACCUAUAUGUGCAGAAUUGAUUUAAGGGGCCACAAACCUGACUGGUACAAAAAGGCCUUUGGACACUUGUGCGCAGCUGAAGUUGUUAAGAUCGGAAACUCUUUCAGUAAUCAGAACCUUGAGACUAAAGAAGCAAAGUCCAGGUGACGACUGCAGCAGACCAAUGUCGCCUCAACGUACAUAGAAAUUUCUAGGAACUGUUGAUUGCUACAGAAUGGGUCACGGGGUGGCCUGUUAAGUCUUGUCAUGAAGAAAAAGUGUCUGAAAUAGCUCUGAGAUUCUUAUUUAAGUGUCUGUGGCAAUACCAUACAUUUUUAAAGCUGCUUCCUAUCGGUAUUAGGCCUAUAGUGUAGGCCUUGACUGGAAUAUAUUGGAUGGUGCAACUUUUUUUUUUCUUAAGUACUGCUAUACUAUGUUGCUUAGACAGUAUGAAUUGCUUCUGAGAAGCAAAACUCUAAGACUUAAAAAUAUAUUUCUGGAAUAUAGUGAAAAUGAUUCCUUCUUAUAUAAUGUUAGCUUUAUUGUAUUCAUCUGUAUGCCAUUUGUUGAGGGACCAUUGCAUCCACUGGAUUUGUUGGCACUCUUCCAUGGGUUCUCGCUAAAGCACGUGAAGGAAGGUUUGCACAGAGGCAGAGGUGUGUGAAUGACUGUUGAAUUGUUGAGCAGAGUAAUAGAAAACAGAGUAGUAGAAUUGGAGUGUCUGGGACACUCUGGAACAUUUGGAAAGAUUUUAAUCUGUGAUGGAGAGGUUGGUCUGUCCAACAGACCAUCUUUGUUCUUAUGUUCUGUAAUUAGUCAUAUAUAUAUAUAAAAGGAAAAUGGGGGCAGCCCCAAACAUGGCAAUGGAGCCAAAAGGCUCAACACCUGCCAAUGAAGGUAGUUGAACUGAAGUGAUUUAAAAUGAAUACCCAAUGUAUUUCAGCGUGCGUCUUUUGCAUGGGCCUUGGGUUGUAUCCAAUAAAGUCAUCCCAUUAGCACAAGGACUUCUGCUUGCACACUGGAACUUCCCCUUCCUCUCUUCACCCUGCUCCAGAGGGCUGGAGGAAUCCCUAGAACAGGUUUGGAAGGUGCACGGGGAAAGGAGAGGAAGGGGAAGUUCCAUUGCGCAAGCAGAAAUCCUUGUAUGAAUGGAACAACUUCUAUAGAUGGUUUUCCUAUUUUAAAGCUCUCUGAAUCUUUUCACUUGCAUUACACCCAGGUAAAUCUGGGUACACCCCAGAAUACAUACUAAACAGGGAGCUGUGGCGGUUCACAGCUUCCUCAUGAGGGCACCUGCAGAAAACCUGUGUUUGCCGUGCUAAUGCAUUACAUCAGUAUUCAAGCUUAGGCCCCAGGGUUGAUCUACAACUCCCAUCAUCCCCAGCCAGCUUAGCCCAAUGGUCAGGGAUGAUGGGAGUUGUAGUCCAACAGCAUCAGGGAACCCAAGCUUGAAGAACACUGUUUUACAAGUGGAAUGUGUAGGUGUAUACUUCAAAGCCUCAUGGACUUGCACUUCAAAAAAUAAAAUGUUUGUGAAGUGACAGCACCGAGACUUCCACUUCUUAGAUGCAGAGGGUCUCAGAAUUAAAGUUCUUGAAAAAGAUAUAAGAUAAAAGUAUUGGGUAUUUUUAUUAUUAUUAAGCUCAACGCUUCCUCUCUUUUUGCUCACUGCAUAAGCACCCGUUCAAAGUACUGGCAGGGGUCUUUUAACAAUCCUCUCUUUUCAAUGAAUCUCACAGGAAUAAACAGAACGCUUGCGGCAUGAAAAGUAGAGCUGGAACUGCUUUCAGUAGUUUGAAAAGGCACCACUGGAAAAUUUCAUAACUGGAGCAUUCUGAAGUUCUAAAGGAAUUCAGUGUAGUAGAUGCAGUGUUAGGAAUUCAAAAGUGUCCACGUAUUCCACUCCGCUGUAACCAUAUAACCUCAUGUUAUCCAUCGGGGGAGGGGACUGCCACAAUCUUCAGAUUCUGAGGUUUGGCUAAGAAAGUGUACUUUGGCCAUCAGAAUGUGGUACAGUCUGAAGGACUGCACAUUAGGAUGAAUGGGAGGUUCAGAGCAAUGGGGCGUUCCAUUCUGCAGGUUAAUAGCUGUAACAAGAAAAUCCAGUCCUAUAAACUCUUCAUCUCCUCCUCCAUUUAUUAAGGAUAGCCUUAAUAAAUGAGCAACAACAUCUAGAAAAGAUAUGUGUAGAAUUGUGCUGUUUUGGCUUUCUAAAAAGCUGUAGAUUAAACUGUCAGGUGUGUGUUUUCCAUCAAAAAGUAUUAAUAUAUUUUUAAAGCACUCAUGUUAACAAUUAAAAUUUCCCACACAUUAUCAUAAGUGACAUACAUAGGAACCAAGGGAUUCUUGAUUUUUGCAGGGGGAUAAUUUUGGUGACAGAUGUUACUGUAUAUAUAACAUAUAUAUGACACAUACAAAAUAUGCUCAAAUGCUCUUAAAACAUCACUUGCAAUUCACUGUGGAAAAUGAGAGAUCCCCCCAAAAGCAGGAUUUGGACCUUUGCUAUGACUGUUGUAUCCCUCCUACCAAAAUCUGGCAUGGUGUGAGUAAAUCUGGCACCAGUGUGAGUAACGUGUGAAUGGGGGGGAAAUGUAAAUUGGAAGAUGGUUUUGUUUGAAGGAAAGACUUUUUACAGAGUUACCCAUGCUUAUAACAACCCCAUUCUCCCCUAAAUCCAGCCCGACCUCACUCUCUCCCCUAAAUCCAGCCUUUUAAGCCUUCUGUAAAGACUGCUGCUGAUGUGUUUCCGUCUUAUUAAAAAUGGAGUGAAAAAUUAAGACAGUUGGUUCCAUCUUGCUCACCCACCCACCCCAGAGAAAGGGCCUGUGCAACUUGUUGUUUGUCUUCUUUCCCCAUCCCAGGGCAGUGACACAGCUGGAAACAGCCCUUUCUUACCAUUGUCAGUAUUAUUUUUCAAGAUAAUGUGAUGAAAAAAUUGUGGUGUGUUAACAGAUUGUGUCGUGUUCCUAGUAAUUUCACUGUGUUUUAUGUCUCUGUCUGUCUCAUUUGUUCACACUCUGUUCUUUGCAUGUUGCAGUAGGACAUGCAUGCUCCUUUUUUUUUUUUUUCAAUAAUUUUUAUUCAGAUUUUCAUAAAACAUACAAGACAAAAUCAUAAAACAUU